UUGCGCGUCAGCUGCAGAGCGGCGGCGGAGGAGCCAGGCGCUGGGAGCUGCGCCAUUCGGACACGAAGCCGUCGCCGGAGCCCACGCCGCCCCCCGCCCCGCUGCGGACCUCGACUUGCUUGCCUCGCUCCUCCUCGGCCACCGGCAGCGGCUCGCGCCUCUCGCUGCGGCGCACCGCCACGUCGGUGCCGCUGCGGGCGCGGCUCGACUCGUCCGACACGGGCGAGGACUUUGUCGAGGCGACCAACUACUUUGCAAAGCUGAGCAAGGACCCGCCGCUACCCUCGCGCGGCUGGUCGGCGGCGCGGCACGGCGGCGGGGGCGGCGGCGGCGGCGGCGGCGGCGGCGGCGAGGGCGGGGGCGGGGGCGGAGGCGGGUCGAGGCGCGUGAGCGACCUGCAGACGCGCUUCUUCCUCGCGCGGUACACGGUUGCGUACCUGCUCUGCAUGCUGCUCUACGGCGCGAGCGACAUGACCCACUUCAGCGUGCGCUGGAGCGGGUUCGACGCGGUCAAGCCGCUCUUCAUGCUGAGGUACGCCUUGCUCGCGCCGGCGCUCGUCCUGCUGCGCUCCAUCUGCCUCUCGGCGAGGACGCCGACCGCGCUCGGCAACACGGCGGUGGCGCUCGCGCUGCUCGCGCUUCCGUUCGCCGCCUUCGUCGCGGCGGUGCUGCACAUCCGGCUCGACACCGUCCUCUGCCGCGGUCCCUACACGAUCGUGCCGUGCAACGGCAUGCCGGGCGGGCUGCACGACGCCGCCCACGACGCGCUGCCGGAGCCCGCCGCCGGCUCCGGCUGCACGGUCGCGGGGGCGUUCCUCGAGCAGUUCGACGUCGACCCGCAGCCGAUCCCGCCGUCGCCUCCGCCGCCGGAGGGUGGCGAGCUCUUUCCGGCGCACAGGCCGCGCUCGUUUUACUGCAGCGAGUACGAGGACCCGGCGGGCGGGCCGAACCUCUGCGAGCACUUCCCCUUCGAGUACGUCUCCGAGCUCGCCGCGUGGCACAUCUUCUUCGCGUACCGCCUCACCCACCUGCCCACCACCUUCCUCGGCCCCGCCGCCGUGGCGCUCUCCCUCGCCGUCGUGCUGCUCGCGCAGCAGCAGGUCGACUCGUUCUGGCACGAGCAGCUCCACUCGUCGACGCACCGGCAGGUGCCCGGCCUCGACGACUUUGUCGUGCUCGAGCUGGCGCGCAUGGCGCUGAUGCUCCUCUUUGCAAAUAUCAUCGGCUUGCUGCACCACUGGUCGCACGGGCGCGACAUGUGGCGCGGCCUCAAGCUCGAGGCGCGCCAGCGCGCCGUGAUGCGCUGCAUCGAGGAGGAGACUGCCUCGUGCGACCGGCUGCUCAAGUCCAUUCUGCCGCCGCAGCUCGUCGGUACGCUCGGCUCGCUCGAGCGGAUCGCGCAGGCGCAGAGGGACCCGUGCGCCGGCGAGGCGUCGCCGCGCGGCGGCGUGUCUCCGCCCAACGGGACGCCGGCGAGCCUGCGCUUCUCGUCGGACGGCCUGCCCGUGCGGCCUCGCGGCUCGCUCCUCGCGGAGAGCUUCCACGACUGCGCCUUCCUCUUCGCCAAGGUGCGCGGCCUCUCGCAGCUCAUCAACGACCCCUUCGCAGAGCCGCAGCUCGUCAUCGGCCUGCUGCAGCGCAUGUUCGACCGCUUCGACCGGCUCGCCGACGUGUUUCAGCUGCAAAAGGUGCGCAAGACGGCAAACGAGUACUACCUCGUCGCGGCCGGGCUGCCCGACCCCAACCUGUUGCCAAACUGCCACGACCGCGCCGCGGCCAUCGCCGGCUUUGGCUUCGCCAUGGUCAACGUGAUGACUGUCAUCAACCUCGAGCUCAAGGAGCACCGCUACAAGGAGCUGCGGCAGGCGCUCGAGGGGCACGAGCUCACCGUGCAGGUGGGCAUCGACUUUGGCUCCGCCAUCGCCGGCGUGAUUGGGCACAUGACGUACCAGUACGACCUAUGCGGCGACGCCGUCAACACCGCCGCCCGCAUGUGCUCCGGCUCGGAGCCGGGACAUGUCCACGUCUCGGAGGCGGCGUACAGCCAGCUGCGCGGCCGCUUCGCCGCGACCUACCGCGGCACGCGCGUCUACAAGGGAAAGGGCGAGAUGCACACCUACUUCCUGCGCAACGAGCCGCCGCAGACCGCGCCGCCCGGCGCCGCCACGCCGCCCGGCGCCGCCACGCCGCCCGGCCGCGCCGCGCCGUCGGACAGCACCGCCUUCGCGUCGCCGCUGCCGAUGCCGCUGGCGCUCCCAUGGACCGAGCGUGCGGCGCGGCUCGUCUCCGAGCCGCGCAGGUCUCGGAGCAGCGCAAACGACCUUCAGCCCAGCCUCGGGCGGAUGGUCGAGGGGGGCAGCGAAACAGACGCCACGCAGCACCUACCAAACCGGGCAUCGGAGAGAUAGGCGUAUGGCUUGCGAGCGGACAGUGUACAUCCUUACAUAUCGUAUUCUUGUGCAUACAAUACAACAUGGAGAAUUUC